UUCAGGUUCACAUCAAGAACAGAGACCUGAUCCCCUUGUGCACGAAACUUGUGUCGUCUCCUAAUCAUGUAUCAGAAAUCCAUCGUGGGUAGCUUCGUGGGUUUUCUACUGACUUAUAGUCUCCUGGUGUCCUUAUGCAAUGGUGUCUGUUAUAACAGAGAUGCAAGACUAUCAAGGUCAGGUGAAAAACCUGAUGGGUGCAUGGAUGGAGACAUCAAAAGAGCUGUCAAUUCAACAUGGUUUAAAGAAGAAUGCAUGAAAUGCACUUGUGAAUCAAAUGGCGAGGUUGACUGCUGCAGCAGGAUGCUGAAACCACUCGUAAGUGACCAGGCUUGUGAAGUCGUUCUAAAUCGAACUUCUUGCACAUACGUUAUCAGGCGAAAAGAUAACUCUAGUGAACCUUGUGAAAGCUGGGCUUUAAUGUGACGGGAGCACUCAUGUGACACAGCAAAGAGAAGGGACUGAAAGGAGAAUCCAUUGGACUUUUGUACAUAUGCAUUUGUAAUAAAUAUGAUAUAUUACACAUU